AUGAAUAUAUCUUCUCAAGAUAAUUCAAAUUCGAUUGAUUCCAGUUGCUAUUCAACUUCUCUAAUAGAAGAUACAUUAAUUGCUCCGAGUGAUGUUAAGUUUAAUAAUGGUCCAUUGGAAGAAGUGAAAAAGCCAAUAAAACGUAGAAGAAAUUCCAGCGAAAUUGAGCUUAAAAAGAAAGAGGAGGAGGAAUAUAACAAGGAAGCAAACGAGCAGAGAUACAAACAUUUGAUGCAUUUGUUGAAUAAAAGCAAAUUUUAUUCAUCCUAUUUGAUAAAUAAGAUUGAUGAUAAAGAUAAAAAUAAAAAUAAUAAAAAUGAAAAGGUUGCCAAAAAGAAUCAUUACAAAUUUGUUCCACAAAAAAAAUCUACCAUUGAAAAUGAUGAAAAUAUAUCACCAGUAAAGAAGAAGAAGAAAGCUAGUGGAAAAAAAUAUAACAUACAAGAAUACAUAUCUACAGAGAUAACGAGACAGGUAAAGUCUACAAGGGAAAAAAAGAAUCUGAGCAUAGAAGAGAUAGAGGCAGAAUUAUCUGCGGAUUCGGAUAAUGAAUUGACAUUCGAACCGGAAUCAAAAGUAAAUGUUAGCAGCACUGAUAUUGUAUCGAUAUUACCGAAAUAUUUUUGUGGCAAUCUGCGCGAUUAUCAACUAAAGGGUUUAGAAUGGUUAAAGUUGCUUCAUAAAAACAGCCUGAGUGGAAUCUUGGCUGAUGAAAUGGGACUUGGAAAAACAAUACAAACGAUAGCUCUGAUAUGUCAUCUUGUAGAAGAAAGACAAGCAGGGCCUUAUUUAAUAAUUACUCCUCUCUCUACUAUACCAAAUUGGCUCAUAGAAUUUGAAAAAUUCGCUCCCGUCAUACCGAUCUUUUUAUUCCAUGGCACAAUAGAAAAAAGAAACGCUGUACGCAUGAAAAUUAAAUGUAUACAUCCUGUCGAAGAUAAUUAUAGGACACAACCUGUUGUACUCACUACAUAUGAAGUACUAAUACACGAAAGUAAAUUCUUUCAAUCUCUAAGAUGGAGAUACAUCAUAAUAGAUGAAGGACAUAGAAUAAAAAAUUAUAAAUGUAAACUGAUCAAAGUGCUGCAUAGUAUUCGUUCCAUGAAUAGGCUAAUAUUAACUGGAACGCCGCUUCAAAACAAUUUAUCCGAGUUAUGGUCUCUUUUGAAUUUCCUAUUACCAGAAAUUUUUGAUGAUUUGGACACAUUUGAAUCGUGGUUUGACGUUAAAGAACUUCAAUAUCAACAUGGCACUGAAAAACUUCUGAAGCAGGAAGAAGAAAAACAUGUAUUGUCAUCGUUACGCGAAAUUUUAAAACCAUUUAUGUUAAGACGAGUAAAAUCGGAAGUUUGUUUAGAAAUUCCUCCUAAGAAAGAGUUGAUAGUUUAUGCGCCACUCACGGAAUUGCAAUACGAUUUAUAUAAGGCAGUAUUAAAUUAUGAUUUAGAAAUGUUAAGUAAAAUCGAAGUACCGGAUCUGAUUAUACAAACUGUAAAUGGUGAAAGACCGAAAAGACAAUGUUUUUUGAGAAGUCCGUACGGAUCUAUCAAGGGCAAAUCCAAGAAUAGAGAAUUGAAUAUUUCAGUAAAUAAUAAUAUUAAACAGAAACCAACGAAAUCUGAGGAUAAAUUAUCGAAAUGCAAACAAUAUACUGAUGUCACAGAACGUAAUAGAGAGUUCCUUGUCCGUAUUAAUUUUCAAAAUAGAAUGCCAAUGUAUAAAAAGAUAGUGAAUCAUCCAUACUUGGUUCACUGCCCACUGAAUUCGACUGGUUUACCGAAAAUUGAUAAUGAUUUAAUCAGAUCCUCCGGUAAACUGUUAGUAUUGGAUGCUAUGCUGGCAAAACUGAAAAUGCGAGGUCACAAAGUUUUAUUGUUUUCGACAAUGACUAUGAUUUUAGAUAUGAUUGAAGAUUAUCUUACGUUACGAGAUUAUAAUUAUGUGAGAUUAGAUGGUACUACUAAAAUUGAAGUACGGAAACAAAAUAUUGCUACUUUUAAUAACGAUCCAGAUAUGUUCUUGUUCCUUAUAUCAAUUAGAGCUGGUGGAAUUGGAUUAAAUUUAAUGAGUGCUGAUACCGUUAUUGUAUAUGAUAGUGAUUGGAAUCCACAAGUGGACAUACAAGCUAUGGCUCGAUGUCAUAGAAUAGGGCAAACAAAACCCGUGGUUAUCUACAAACUAUGCACUAAAGGAACAAUUGAUGAGGCAAUUAUGAAACGAGCCGAUGCUAAACGUAUUUUGGAGAAAAUGGUUAUGUCAAAAGAACUACAAUCUCUUAAUAUAAAUAGGGUAUUAGAGAUGAAAAAGUUAAUGGAAUCUAAAGAAUACAAAAUUGUUACAUCUGAAAAAGAAGUUUUUACAGAGAUGGAAUUGAACAACUUGUUAGAUAGAAGUGAUAUGAUAAUUAAGAAUGAUAUAAUGAUAUAA